UCCGCCGGGCCGCCUCCGCCGAACCGGAAGUCGCAGGCGUGACGGCACAAAACGCCCGUCGAGGGCGUCUCUUUCAGCAGCCAAUGGGCUCUGCCGACCUCCGUCCACGUCAUUGUUUUGUCUAAUCGCGGCCUGCGACGCUCGAAGGGCGGGGCGCAGAAGGAGGUACGGACACCGAGAGGGGUCAGGCGCCCAGUCGCUCCGAAGCGGGGAAGUGGGACAAGAUGGUUUACAUCUCGAACGGACAGGUGUUGGACAGCCGGAAUCAGUCUCCAUGGAGAUUAUCUUUGAUAACAGAUUUCUUCUGGGGAAUAGCUGAGUUUGUGGUUUUAUUUUUCAAAACCCUGCUUCAGCAAGACGUGAAAAAAAGAAGAAGCUAUGGAAACUCAUCGGAUUCCAGAUAUGAUGAUGGAAGAGGGCCGCCAGGAAACCCUCCCCGAAGAAUGGGUAGAAUCAAUCAUCUGCAUGGCCCCAGUCCUCCUCCAAUGGCUGGUGGAUGAGGAAGGUAAAUGUCUGCUCUAAGAAGCAGACAACUGGACAUGUGCAUUCAUAGCAGAAGGAAACCAUCAAGAAGUGGAAGGCUGAUCAUGCUGAGCAGUAGAUGAAUGUGUAUGUCCAAACAAGGACUGUUCUGUGUCCUCACAGAUGAAUGAGGUCAUGCCAGGAAUUCCCUCUGCAGGGAACUGGCCUGACUGACAUGCAGUUCCAUAAAUGUACAUGUUUGUCUCAUUACCUUUUUGUAAAGUAUUAAUAUAGUUUUAAUAAGUAAAUUUUUAGGUUGCACAAUGGACUCCUCAUCUUUAUAUUAAAUUCAUGAAAAAAACUGAAAAUAAAGCCUGUGUAUUUAGCACUGUUAGUGUCACCUUUUCAACUUCUGAAAUACCGUUCAUUGUUAACUUUUUCUCAUUUAUAAAUCACAUUGUAUUUAUUUUGGUAGUAUGCGUAUCA